GCGGCGACGGCCGCUGAAGUUGUAAUACUGGAUAAUAGCAAACUGUCCUGGGCAUGUCUUGCCUGCUGCACACAAGAAACGAGCUCCACAAAGUUGUUUUUGACUUGAAUCGCGUCUGCAGCAAAGGCAACAGACACAGCAAUAUUUAUCAGAGGUGAUGAGACAUAGGUGGUUCCAAAUCUCUUGCGUCGACAAUUAUCGUCUGUGGCCGCGAGCGUGAGGCGACGGCACGAUAAGUCGGGCGGGCCCGGAGGUCAGGUAUUAGGCCUUGACCUGCCAAGUUACAUAUCUACUCUCAAAAGUGCUCUGGGAAAGAGCUGCCACGACGAAGCGAAUCUUGAACAAGCUACCGGACUGCGCCUGUGCGGGUCCUUUAGCGGAGUCAGCACCGUCAACACAAUGCGGCGCUCACGACCGUGACACACCUCGUGUUUACGCUUUGGUGACAGCACGCCACCUAUGAAGCAAUUAUCCGCAGCCCCAGAUGCUGAGCCGCAGGGCAGCAGCGGCGACGGUGGCGGCUUCGACAGCGCGUUGCCCACAAGGCCCACAUCGGCACAACUCGACGCGCUGUUUCUGCGGCAGGCGCAGGACCAGCUAAGCGUGGGUGCACUCCAGGCUUUGAGUGGGUGGCAGUUACCUCCGGCGAUGCCGCGGUCGCAGCGGGGGCCGGCUGGCGACAGGCCUGGCAGUAGCAGCGGCGACGACGGGCGGCGACAGCGGCAGGCGCAUGGCAACGUGGAUGCGGUCCCCGGCAGAGAGCUCGACGCAUCCACUGGCUCCGGCUAUGGCAGGAGCGGCGGCGGUGCAGGCGGGGGCCGAUCUGGGUUGAGCCAGGGACAGGGCCAAGGACCGGGGCAUGCCUACAGCCGGUCUCAGCACGCGGGAGUGGUGGGGCCAGACCGCCUCCUCCGCGCCGCCGCCGCGGCAGCGGCCGCGGCAGCGGCGGCUGACGAGGCGUCAUCACACGCCGCGCAGCUGCUCGCCGCGGGCCGCCUUACGAAGCGGACGGAGCUGGAGCAGCUGCUGCAGGCAGCCGGCGGCGGCGGUGGCCCCGGGGGCCACGAUGCCUACGCAGGAGCUACAGGCGGGAGCGGCGCGUCGCCAGCGCUGUCACCGCGCGUCACCGGUCAGCCAAGCAACAGUAACAGCAACAGCGCUGGUGGGAGCGCCACCAGUGCCGGCGGCGGUGCCGGCGCCAGCCAGGGUGGCAGCCAUCGGUCACAGCGAAUGCUGUCCGCGCCGCGGGGCGUGCUGCCGUUCCUAUCAGGCGAGCCGGCAGCAGCGCACGCGAACCCCGGGCCAGGGCCGGGGCUGGGGCUGGGGUCGCGCGAGCUUCCGCCGCAGCGGUCCCCGUUGCUGCAGGCAUCGGUGCCGCUACCUGGCUCCCUUGCGCGCGGGGGGACAGGCGGACAGGCGCUGGGGGCGGCUGCAGCGUCUGUGCUGCUCAUCAGCAGGGACACGCGCAGGUUCGCGGACGAUGAUGGUGGCGGCGGCAGCGGCGGCGGCGGUCAGCCGCCGCAUGACGACGACGCCCUGGCGGCGGCGCUGCAGCGGUCGCGCGGCUUUGCUGCCGUAGCCGGACUGGCUGGCGGCCCUGGCGGUGUUGGACUGGGCUCAUCGAGGCCCUAUGACGAGGGGCAGGACGCCCUACUAGCCCGGUACAGUGCCUUGGCAGCGUUAAUGGCGGGCGCCGCGGUGCCGCAGCUAGCACCGCCGCCGGCUAGCCGAAGCCGCGAUGUGAGGGCGGGUGCCAGUGCUGCGGAUAUAGAUGCGCUGCGCGCAGCACUCGGCAUGCCGCCGGCACAGCAGCCACUGCUGCAGCCGCACACGCAGCUGCGUCAGUUCUACGGCGAGGGCUCAGCGGCGGCGGCGUCAUCAUCAGCGGCAGCGGCAGGGCGCAUGGCAGCCGCUGCGAGCGCCCGCGCGCAGGCGGCUGAGAUAGAGGGCCUACUGGGGCGGCUGCGGCACGUGCAGUCCUCCGGCGGCGGCUCGGCGGCGGACCGCGACGCAAUCGUGAUGGAAGCUGCGCGGCAGCUGCUCCAGGCAGCGGGUGAGCCGCAGCCGGGCUCGGUGGACGCCGCAGGAGCAGGCGAGGAUUUCGCCGCCGCAGCAAGCGCGGCAGCAGGCGUCACUCGGCGGAUGGGCGGCGGCGGCGGCACAGCGCCGGCCCCUGGGGCGCCGCUGACGCUGCUGCCUGCCGACUCCAGUGCGGACUGGGGGUUGCGCCGGCAUCAGCAGCAGCAGGUGCUGGCAACUGAGGCGUCUCCUAGCCUGCUGGUGGCAUCGCCGGCCAGCACCGGCAGGCAGUCCGCGCCUGCUCCGGCUGGAAACGCCGCGGCGGUCCAGCCACUGCAAAGUCGCGGCAGCGGUGGAACAGCGCCCAGCAUCAAGGCUGCGGCAGCCGUGGCGGCGGCGCCAGGGCCCAUGGGGGUGCAAGCGCUUGGCAACCUUUCGACAGACCAGGAGCAGCUGCAGCGGGCAGCCAGGACGGCUGAGGGCUCGGCGGGCGUGCCAAGCGUCUUCACUUCUGCCCUCGCGCCGGUGACUGCUGCGGCCACAGCUGCGGCGGCUGAAGCCGCGGGGUCGCGCAAGCGUGCACGUAAGGAAAUGCCGGAUCAAGCCGCCGAGCUGCUUGCGUCGCUGGGGCCUCUUCUUGCUACGCGGCAGCCCUCCCAGCUGCAGCACCGGCCCGUAGCAAGGGGCUCGGCAUCUGGGGCUGAGCAGGAGCAUCUGGCCGCGUUGAUGGCGGAUGCGCUCCUUACAGCUGGUAGCACCGGCGGCGGCGGUGGCAGUGGAAAUGGCGGCGGCAGCAGCAACCUUGCAGGGAGCUCGCACGCUCUUGAACAGCUGCUUCUAGGUUUGCAGCGGCAGCAGCAGCAGCAGCAGCAACAACAGCAGGAGUCUAGAGAGGGCGUGAAAGCGGAGCCGCAUGAUUUCCUGCUGCCUGCCCCUGGCCCGCUGCUGUCUGGCACAUUGCAGGCGGCGGCGGCCAGGGCAUUGGGGGCACCCGCGGCCUCGGCAGCAGCUCUCGAGGCUGUGGCCAGCAAUGCGACGCUGUCGAUGCAUUCGAGCCUCGGCUCGCGGCUGUUUGCAUAUGGAGCACUGCCCGACUCCGCCGCUGCCGGCGACAAGACUGCCUGUGCCGGCGACGGCCGCAGCAGCAUGCCACACGCAGAUCGAGACGCCGCAGCCAGGCUGGCCGGCGGCUCAGCGCCCGCCCAGGCAAUGGCAGCGGUGGCAAUCGCUGCGGUGGGAGCUCCAGCGGCCCCGAAUGCGGAGCCUUCUGCCAAGCGCGGCGCUCGCGCCGGUUCAAUGGGGGGCGCAACUGGCGGCGCCGUGCCUCCACCGCCCGGCUUGCCGCGCGGCGGCAGCGUUGGGCCGGGCAGUGGCGCAACCACUGGGAGUGGCGGCGGCGGCGGCGCAGCCGAUCAGGACGAUGCCGAUGAGGACGGGUCCGGCAGUGAUUACGACGACGAGCAGACGGAGUCCGAUGGUGGUGGCGGGCGGGGUGGCAGCCCGCCGCCCAGGGGCUAUGGCGGCCGCGGCCGUGGGGCGUCUGGUCAGCAGCGUGUGUCCGGCGGGGGACUGGCGGACCUGGGCGAGAGUGGGCUGCAGGUGGACCCGCAGACAGCCAGUGCGCUGAGAGGCAUCUCGCCUGAGGCGGCGGCUGCGGCGCUGGCGGCGGCACCACGGCUCCUGAGCGCCGGCGGUCGCGGCCGUCGCACUAGCACUGGUGGCGGCGGCGGCACCGCGACCGCCCACCACAUGACGCAGGAGCAGAAGAAGGCAGCGCUGCGGGCUCGCAACCGGCUGUCCAAGCAGCGCUCGCGGGACCGCCAGAAGGUGACCAUGGUUGCACUUCAGGCCAAGGUGGCUGAGCAAGAGGCCAGGAUCAAGAAGCUGGAGGAGCGGCUGUCCCGAUACGAGCCCGUGUAGCCUGGCCCGCCUUUCGGCCUUGUGGGAUCCCAGGACCGACUAUGUUGCUGAGAAGUCAUACCAAUAAGGUGGAUGAGACUAGACUUCGCAGUAAUGAAUGGGCACGAAACACAUUUCAAGCGACAUGCGGUACCGUAUUUAUCACCCAAAGCUCAUGGAUCUAAGAAACAAACCAUGGCAGUGCCUGUAGCGCUGCCAUGUCGGUUUGCGUAGGCCCGGGUUGCAGAGACUUGGCUUGACAGACAUAUUGAUGUGCGGCUGUCCAAAUUGCAGAUGUGGUGCAAGGAUGCCGUGGUUAGACUGGUGCAAGGACCGUGAGAGAGAGAGAGAGGGUUGAGGCACUGGGGGCAUCAACUGAGUUUAGGCCUGGGCAAGGUUGCUGACAUGGCAUUAUGCAACACCACACACAUAGCCCAAAGCGCAUGUUGGUGCUUACAAUGGUAAGUGCAAGGCCACGAGGCAUGCCUGCCUUUAACUAGAUAUGCCUGCAAGAGCCUGACGGCCAGCGAAGCCGUGCGUAUGUUGGUAGAGUAGGUAUUCUUGGAUUGUGCGCAAUACAAGAUGCGUCAUGGUGGCGAAAUUAAGUUUAUUUUGCGAGGUGUAGCCUGUGUGCGUUGCCCUUCGGGCAUUAGGGUUGGCAACUCGAGUAGCCGAGGGGGGGGUGCUGUGUAAGCGAUGGAUCAAAGCCAGUGGGCACUGGGUAGGAAGGCGGCAUGCAAGACAGGCGGGGUUGGUGCAUGUGGUUCCUGCCAGGAGGAAGCGGCGGUGGCGAACCGCCGAACCUGGGCCAAUGAUCAUCUUGCUCGUCAGAGAAGUGUGACACAGAUCAUGGGGAAGCGCACUGGUGCCUUGCCUGGGACAGGAGAGACUAAGUCAGCAGCCAGGUCCUGGCGACCUCCUGGUUGCGCGGCUUAUUGUGCGUGCUACCGGUACUAAUAACACUUCGUG